ACAAUGGGGUUUAGGAAUUGGUACUGUAGUUGAGUAUACAAAGUGUAUAGUAACAGCAAUUAAUUCAAUUGGAAAUACUUAUGUACAAUGGCCUGAUUCUAUCGAACAGCAACAAAUUAGUAGCAGAAUAGAACAAUUAUCAGGAUUCAAAAGUUGCAUUGGAUUUUUAGAUAGAACUGAUAUUGUACUUGAAUACAAGCUAUUUAAAGAUAGAUCUGUUACAGAUUCAACUGCCUAUAAAUCUACUCCACUUUAUCAAGAUCUGGAUAAAUUUUUUAGUAAAUAUGAAUAUUUAUUAGCAGAUUGUGGUUAUCAGCUUACUCUAACUACAAUAAUUCCUUAUAAGCAACUACAAGCUAAUAUUUAUAGGAAUACAGUUUUUAAUGAAAUGCUUGCUAAAGAACAUAAAGAAAAUAUUAAUGAAAUUAAUUCAGAUUCAAUGACUGCAGAUAAUAUAUUAGAUAGUAAUUUGAAUAAAGAAG